AUGGCAUCAGUAGCUCAAGCUCGCUGCAUUAUCCGCUGUUGGAGGAUCAGAUCUUUCGUGACGAAGCCUCCAUGUCAUGGAAGAGCGAUCAGCCGUAUCAGCGAGAUUCGGAAGACGGGAGUCAGGAGAGCGUUCUCAUCAAGUACGACUUCUACUUGCCAGCUCAUUUAUUCUGAAUAUGGGGAUCCUGUAAAGGUUGUACGGAAGGAAGCCAUCUCCUUACCAACAGAACCACAAUCUCAUGAAGUGAUCGUGGAGAUGCUGGCAUCUCCUGUCAAUCCUGCAGAUAUCAAUACCAUUCAAGGGGACUCCAUCAUACAGAAUGGAGCCAACAGCAGUGUUGGGCAAGCUGUCAUUCAAGUAGCACAUCACCUUGGUUUGAAAACUAUCAAUAUUGUGAGAGAUCGACCUGGCAUAAAAUCUUUGAAGGAUCAACUGUAUGAAUUAGGUGCUGAUCAUGUGGUUACAGAAGAGGAACUUAAAAGUUUUGAUGUAAAAAAGAAUGGGUUGAAGCUGCCAUUAUUGGGCUUCAAUUGUGUUGCUGGAAAGAGUGGCUCUGACAUGCUGCAUAAAAUGGAUCACAGUCCAACUCUAGUCAUAUAUGGAGGUAUGAGCAGACAGCCCCUUCUUGUCCCUGUGUCAGCCCUUAUAUUUAAGAAAGCCCAUAUCCUUGGCUUUUGGAUGACUAAAUGGAAUCGCAUUAAUAGUGAUAGCAAAGAGAGACUGGACAUGCUGGAGCAUCUUGUGGACAUGGUGCGUAAAGGUAGCCUGGUUCCUCCAGCCCAUGAAUUGGUUCACAUUGAUAUGUACCAAGCUGCCUUAAAAAAUGCAAUGCCAUCUGGAGGCAUGAGUGGUCUGAAGCAAAUCCUUGUGUUCAAUCACAUUAGCUGUCAUCAAAAUCCAAGACUCCCACCUGGUGUUGCUCCACAGCAUUAUGAGCAUGGUGGGCCUCCUCCACAUCAAAGUAUGACACCUCCACCCAUACAGGGCCAACCACCUCCACCCAUACAGGGCCAACCACCUCCACCUCCUCCACCUCAGCCCCGAGGAGGAGUUCCUGGUGGUCAUGCUCACGAUCAUGGACAUGGUGGCAGACCUCUUGACAGGGACCAUAUUGCUCAGGAACGAGACCACAUCCAACACCACAUGGACAUGCCAGUGGACACUUCAAAGAUGACUGAGCAGGAACUCCAAUUUCAUUACUUCAAAAUGCAUGAUGCUGACAAUAAUAAUAGGCUAGAUGGAUGUGAGCUGGUCAAAUCACUUGUGCAUUGGCAUGAUCCUCGUAACCAUGAUCCAAACUCUGGCAUGCCAAUGCCUGAACCAAAAAUCUUUUCUGAUGAGGAACUGGCCAACAUGAUUGAUCCAAUUCUCAAGAGUGAUGACCAUAAUAGGGAUGGAUUCAUUGACUAUCCUGAGUUCAUUCGAGCUCAACAAGCUGCUGCUGCUCAAGCCAGGACUUGA